UUUUGGCCAUCUCGAAAUAGGAUCGACGCAAUCCAUUGCCGUGGAAUGAUAAACUGCCGAUUCCUGGACAACCACAGCACUUGCAGUAGCAGUAGCUGUAGCACUAUGGACGACGCUGUGGAAAACGACUGUUCGUUGAGGUGCGACAGACGAUGCGACAGACGGUGCGACGGGUCGUGCGACAGCCUGUGCGAGCAAUUGGCGCAAUCGAACAGCGUAGCGGCGACUGCAGCCGAGCAAUUGGAGUCGCUGGACGACAAUCGCAGGGAACUUAUUCCUGCGACAGUCCUAGCCACCACAGUACGAAGUGCGGCCAUGGCCCGCAACUCCUCGCCGCCGCUUCCCCCGUCUCACGCCUCAAUGUCGCACGCCUCAUCGUCGCACACCUCAUUGUCGCAUGCCUCGUCGCCGUCGCGUCUUUCGUCGCAACCUCCGCGCGCGGUCAGCCAACGCUUGAUCGCACACGGCAAAGCGGGUCGCAGCGAGCCUCACUCCGCGCACAUCGCGUCCCGCCUGUCGCUGCUCCUCCUGUUGCUCCUCUCAGACAUCACCCCACCAUCCUCGCUACCUUCACCAGCACGGACCCUAUCACUAUCGUCGUCAUCGUCAUCGUCGUCAGAAAGGGCAUCGCAAUCGCAGAGAUCAUCGCAGAGGCUAUCGCAGAGGCUGUCGCAACGACUAUCGCGAUGGGGGGAAUCUCGAUCGCGCGUGCUGGUGGCGCGCGCGCAGCAGGACUCGCCGCUGCUGGGGCAGGGCGUGGACCCCGUGGCGGCGGGCGCUGCGACCAACUGCACGCCCGUGUUCAUGAGCGCCGUGCUGCACAAGCUGCUCAAAGUCGACGAGAAGAGCUACAGCUUCGACGCCGUGGUGCUGCUCAUGAUGUCGUGGGUCGACUCCAGAGCGCCGCUCACCUGGCACGCCAUCCGCGCAGUGCGCGACGCGCGCCUCGCGGAGCAGCAGCAGCGCAUGGCGGAGUGCGCGCAUCUGUCCGACCACCUCGCGGGGAAGACGCUUGGAGACGGGGCGGCGGGCGGGGCUAGUUCUGCGCCUCGUGCUGGCAAUGCUACUGCUGUUAGCACCGCCGGCAACGGUAGCACCGCCGGCAACAGCAGCAGCGUCGGCAACGUUAGCAGCACGACCGGCGCUAGCACUGGUCUCGGCAGUGUCUCCCGCGUUUUGGCAGAGGCUGCAGCACCAGCGGCAGCGGCUGGCUCUGGGAACGGCACCGGCGGUGCUGCUUUCAACGGCAGCGGCAGUGCUGCUGGUGCUGGUGCUGCCAACGGCACAGCCGGGGCUGGGGCCGGCAGUGGUCCGCCGGCGCUUAACGGCAGCGGUCCAGGCCUGGGCCCGGGUAGCCGCGGCAAGGAGGGCGGUGGGCCGGGCCCCCGUGAUCUGAACGCGUCUGCUGUCGCUGAGCUCUGUGAAUCCGCCGUCACCAAGCCUGUGGCGCCCCCGUGCGGCAAGCGGUGCGCGCCGGGGUCGGAUCUGUGCUGCGACGCGGUGUGGCUGCCGUCGUUCCACGUGCCCAACGUGAACGCGUACUCGCAGGACCGCUACAUCACCGACGAGAUCCAGCAGUUCGCGCCGCUCACCAGCCCGUCCAUCGUGGGCCGUCAGGUCCGCGUGCAGGGCACCUUUUCAACGGCCUUCAACUUCAAGCGAUUCCCCUUCGACACUCAGUCCUUGACUCUCACGGUCACCCCAGCAGCGUUCGACUCCCCUCAGGCAGCGCGCUCCUGCUACUUCCUCGUGUCGUCACUAGUCGCCCGGGAGGGCGCCAGCGCCAUGGCCAUGGUGGCCAGUGGGGGGGACGGGGGCCCGGGGGCGUACUCCACUGACGAGGUCACUGGGUGGUAUACCACCAAGGUGGAGCUUAGUUGCACGGGCGAUGGGAUCCUGAAUGGGAAUGGCAGCAGCAGCAACAGCAGCAGCAGCAGCAGCAGCAGCAGCAGCGCAGGCAAUGGUACUGAUGCUUCAGCUGCUGCCGGCAGUGCGUACAACAGCUUUGCGGCCAACGGCAGCAGCAGCAGCAGCAGCAGCAUUGGUGGUGGUGGUGGUGUGGAUGCGAGUAGCAGCAGUGCAAACGGCAGCUCUGAUGCGUCUGCCGCGACAGCAGGUGCUGCUGCCGAUGGCAGUACCCAGAGCGGCGGCGCUGCUGCUGCUCCUGGCCGCGCUAGCAUUGAUAGCAUUGAUAACGAUGGCAGCGGUGGCAGUAUUGGCGGUAGCAGUGGUGGUGGAUGGAGCAGUGACGGUGGUGAUCCCAGGAAGGAUAGCAAGCUGCAGAACUUCAACCCAUACGACCCUGUGAACAGCAUAGUGGAUGCAGCCCGGUCCGCCAAGGACAGCGGGCACCAGCAGCCACCGCAGCAGCAGCAGCCGGGGGGGGGUGGUCAGGAGGGGGAUCAAGUGCUCAAGGGGGGGGGGAUGGCGGACGCACCCUUCACGUCCACCACUGCCCCCAGUGAUGGUACUGGGUUGGAGGGGGCAGGCGCGGAUAUGGGCAUGGGCGUGGGGGGCCGGUAUGCGUCGACAUGCACGCUGACCAUCCACGUGGAGCGCUACAGCUAUUACUACCUCUGGACGAUCAUUUUCCCCACGAUGAUCACGGUGUGCCUGGCGUUUGCGGUGUUCUUUGCGACGCCCACGCAGCUGGACAUCCGAGUGAGCACCACUGUCACGCUCUUCCUCGCGCUCAUCGCCGUGCAGUUCGUCAUUGAGGAGCAGCUGCCCAAGACGUCGUAUGUGACGGCGUUCGGGCAGCUGGUGCUGGUGUCAUACGCCACCAUCGUGCUCAUCAUCCUCGAGUGCCUCUUUGUCUUCUACCUCACCUCCAUGGAGGAGGUUCGUUUCCUGCAGGGCAAGCUGCCCCCUGCGGAUGACAACGCUGAUGACGAUGACGAUGAUGGUGGUGGUGGUAGUGGCGCCCUGGGCCAUCGCACCUGCAGGCGCAAGAGCAGCACCUUUAACGAUGACGACAUCGACGAUGACGAUGAUGGCGGUUCUUUCCAGAAUUACAGCAGCAGCAAUAACGGCUUCAGCGAUUUCAGCUACGGGUAUUCCUCCCACCCCAACCAACCCCACCACCCCCACCACCUCCACCACACCCAGCGGCACCGCCACAGCCCCGCCCCCCGCGUCUCCUCCUCGCGCUCGCUCCGUGCCAUUCGAACCUCCUCCUCCUCCGUCUCCUCCCCCGCCCGCUCCUCGUCCCGCUUCGCCCCUCGCCACUCCAACCGCACGUCUGCCGCGGCUGCGGCUGUUGCCUCUCUGGGUGCGUCGCUGUGCUGCGGUGGUGGCUGCUGCAACACGCCGAAUACUUGCAGCCGCCCCUCCUCCUCCCGCGCCCUCCUGGACCCUGCUGGCUCUGGGAAGGAAGACAGGUGUGAAUGCUCUCCCCCGGCUGAUGCUGCUGCUGCUGCCGCUGCUGCUGCUGCUGGCAGUGCUAGUCUUGGCGUUUUAUCUCUUGAGCCAUCUGCCCCUCCGUCUAACUACUUCCGUACGGAGGCGCGCUGUAAAGGGGACGGCGGCAUGGGCGGCAACAGCAACAGCAGCAGCGGCAGCAGCAGUGGCGACGACUCGGGUGAUGAGGAGGACAAUGAGUACAUGGACGGGGACCCCAUGGCGCAGGUGGUGGAUGAGGAGGCCAGAGCGCGCGCAGCCAGAAAGGCAGCAGUGCUCUGGACAGUUGAGCCGGCCCCUGGGUCCAUGCGGAAAGAGGGAGGAGACCUGGAAGCCGGGUUGGACGGGAGGGGGGACAGGAGGGGGGAUGGGAGGGAGGGAGUCGGUGGCAUGAGUGUAGGUGUUUCCACAGCCAGGGACUUUUAUACUGGAGCUGGGGCUGCUGCUGGGACCUCUGGUGGCCAGCGGGGGAUCGAGAUGGUGAGCCAGCCACACCACCACCAGCCACCUCUUGCACUACUUGCAACCCCUAGCAGCCACCACCAUCUCCACCAGCUGCCCCGCAACCUCAGUGCCCGCAAGGUGAGCGGCAAUGCAACCAGCGGCGGUGGCGGCGGCAGCAGCAUCAACACAGAAAACAACAACACUGGCAGCAGCAGGUGCAGCAGCUUCCGGCAAUUCUCCCUCUCCCUCUCCUCACCCUUCUCCUCGUUCAGUUUCGCCCAGCCUCUGCUGAAGGCAGCCCCAUCUCUCCGCCGCGCGGUUACCACUUCAGUGAAGACCAUCCGGUCGCACAAGCAAUACUUGGGGAAGAAUGCUGCUGCUGCGUAUCGGCUCGCUAGCCGGAUCGACAGCAUUGCGCUCCCGGUCAUGUUCUUUUUGUAUAUUCUCUCCGCCGUGCUCAUUUUCAGCUUGGCUUGAGUCUUGUUACCAUAAUUUAUGUGUUGAAGGAUAUUCGUUCUGCGCUCUUGCCUUCCCCCUCCCCACUGGCGAAUCGUGGUUUUCGCCUGGUGAUGAAAAUUGAAUCUUUACUCGAGAUAGUGCAUUUUAUGCAGGUUCAACAUGUUUGUUGUUCAUUUCACACAUUUUAUAUACUUAUUGGG